GAAACCUGUACUAAGCUUUUCCAAGGCACACACACAAAGUCACGUCCACACCAUUUCCUAGCUUCGAUCGUCGUAUCCUCCGGUCCCGGAAAUGGUUCAAGCCCAGGAGGCGGUGCCGCCGCCGGAGACGGACUCCGGCGCCUCCCAUCACAGGCGGCCCGCCCUCGGCCUCGCCGUCUCCGUCCCGGCCCUCGUGUCGUCGUGGGCGAAGAAGGCCGGCGAAGUCUCGAAGAAGCUCGUGCCCCACAAGCGCGACCGGUGCAAGUUCACGCCGAGAUCAUCAUCGCCGGCGGCGGCGGCGGUGCCGAGCUCGCCGCUGAUGCGCCCGAAGAAGCUCCUCUCGAGCAUAAGCAACAAGGCGAUCGCGUUCGUGCACAGGACCAGGAAGGGCUCGGCCCACGGGGAGGACUCCGAGGCGGACUCCGAGGAGUUCGGCUUCGGGGACGGCGGGGUGUGGCAGCGGAGCAUCCUGAUGGGGGACAAGUGCCAGCCGCUGGACUUCUCCGGGGUGAUCUACUACGACGAGAGCGGGAAGAAGGUCGACCAGCUGCCCCUCCGGUCGCCCCGCGCCAGCCCCUUGCCCGGGUACCUCGCCCGCGCCCGCCCGGAGGAGGGCCGGGUCAGCAAAUUCGACUUCGGCGGGCUAGGGAAGUAACCCAGAAGAAAACUCUACAGCAGCACCAUAUCAGCAUGUGAUCCCCUGUCAAGGGCUGUGUUCCAGUGUAACUUCUUCUUCUUCGUUUUUGUGUUUGGAGCGUGGUCGUCUGUGUUUUGCCCCUGUGAUUAGACGAGAGGUUCUGAGGAAUUUGUCUGUACAAAAACGUUUCAGACAGGAAUUGGUUUUCGUUCCAUGAUGUUUUUUGGGGCCGUCCCUUCACCAAAUGUUGUAAGUUUUAAUCUCUGUCGUGAACUAGAAUUCACCUAUCAUUUCAACGGGUUAAACCGUCUGAUCUUUACUGCAUCGUCGAAAGCUCGAGAGGGUUCAGAAAGGAACUUUGCUUCUGAUUGGCAGAGGAAAAGACGACAGAAGUUGCUCGGCCUUUUGUUUGUUUUUUAUUCGCCCAGAUGCGAGAGAGAGACAGAUGAAGGUCUGACGAGACUGAUUCCAGGCGCCGCCAAGAUUGAAAUAGUCGUGUAUCGUCAGGAUUGUAGGCUUUUUAGCGUGCAUCACUUGGUUCUAUACCCACAAUAAUACACUAUUCAGUAGUCGUUCACCUGCGACGGUUCGUGUCGUGUUAAGGCUGGAUAUCUCGAGACGGUCCUUCUGUUCACGAAAUAUAAAGAAAAGUUAUAAACUUAUUGUAUUGAUAGCAAUUCAAUCAUGAAUUUUUCAAUU